CUACCGUUGUUGGCCGGUAAAUCCCCGAAAUCUCAAGGGUUCUUCACAAAAAGUAGAAGGCAUUUGCGCCUCUAGCUGAUACAAGUCAAAGUCAAAUAUCACACACGCUAGUAAGCUCUUCUAUCUAUUCCAUGCAUGCCCAGUUCCGGAUCUUGAGGGAAAUACAAAUAAUCUCAUUGUCUUAAAACAAUCGAAUUGUAAUAAAAUUUUAAAACUAAUGAAAUAUUUGUAUUUCAUUAGUUCCCUUUCUUAUCAGUUUCUUCCUUUCUUUCUGUGUUUCUACAGUGUAUUUGUUUCUCUGUUCAAGACUAUAUCAAAAAAAGAAAUGAACUUAUUGGCAAGAUAAGAAAUUAACUUUCUGGGAUUAGAUUCAGAUCUUGCAAGAAUAGGGUUGCGGUAUGCUUCUCCUUCUGCUUCUUACUCAUACCCCGAUUUCAAAAUCUUGCAUUUCUACCCGUUACCCUUUUCUUCCUUCUUUAUGAUUACAGUUUCUUUCAUUCUUUUUUUUUUUUUAAUAAUUUGUUGAUGGUAGUUAUUACAUCUGUUUAAGCUGGGAUCUUUAUUUAUGAUCAAUCACACUCGAACAAAAAAUCUCUCUCUUUCUCUCUCUCUUUCUCAUGUCAUUUCUUGAAUUCUUGAUUCUUCAACUAUAUUUGUAGUAUCAAACAACAAUGACUCUACCUCCAGCACUUUACCUAUUCCCCUCUCUUAAUCCUCCGCACAAAACCAUCGCUUUCCACAAAUAUCUCGUCCUUCUCAUCACUUUUCUUGCUUAUGCCUCUUUCCAUGCCUCAAGAAAGCCACCAAGCAUUGUCAAGAGCGUUCUUGGACCCAACAUUCAAUUAAAUUCUUCAUUGGCUGAAUCCAAUGCAGUUUCAUUAGAAUCCAAUUCAAGUUCCACUGAUACUGGUUGGGCUCCAUUUAAUGCCUCUGAUGGGACUCGCAGGCUUGGGGAGCUUGAUCUUGCAUUCUUGUUAUCCUAUUCGAUAGGAAUGUAUUUUGCUGGACAUGUAGGGGAUAGGAUUGAUUUGAGGUUGUUUCUUGUUUCCGGAAUGAUGGGUAGUGGUAUUUUAACUAUUGCUUUUGGGUUAGGCUAUUGGUUUAAUGUACAUUUUUUAGGUUUUUUUCUGGGUGUGCAAAUCUUGUGUGGUUUAUUUCAGUCAAUUGGGUGGCCUUGUGUUGUGGCAGUUGUUGGUAAUUGGUUUGGAAAAGCAAAGAGAGGGUUUAUAAUGGGGGUUUGGAAUUCACAUACAUCAGUAGGAAAUAUUGUUGGUUCAGUUGCGGCUUCUGCUCUUUUGGAGUAUGGUUGGGGUUGGUCAUUUGUGGUGCCUGGGGUUUUGGUGAUUUUAGUUGGGUUUUUGGUCUUUUUUUUUCUUGUGGUUAGUCCUGAAGAUACUGGACUUGAGCUCCCAACGCAAGAGAUUGAAAUGAGUCAAGAGGUGGAUGGUGAGGAGAAUGCUGAAAAAGUAGAAUCAGAGGAAACAGGGCUUAUUAGGAGUGAAAGUGAAUCAGAUUCUUUGGCUGCUAUUGGGUUCUUGGAGGCUUGGAGAUUACCUGGUGUUGCACCAUUUGCUUUUUGCCUCUUCUUUUCGAAGCUAGUUGCUUAUACAUUUCUAUAUUGGUUGCCCUUCUACAUAAGGAACACAGCUAUUGCGGGUGUGCAUUUGUCACAUAAAACUGCUGGUAAUCUUUCAACAAUAUUCGAUAUUGGAGGAGUCUUUGGUGGAGUUUUAGCAGGGUACAUAUCAGACUUGAUUGGAGCUCGUGCAGUAACUUCAACUGUAUUCUUGUCUCUAUCAAUCCCAGCUCUUAUUAUAUAUCGGGUUUAUGGAAGUGUAUCCAUGGUCACCAAUAUUGUUUUGAUGUUUCUUUCUGGAUUGCUUGUAAAUGGCCCGUACUCACUAAUCACUACAGCUGUUGCAGCUGAUCUUGGUACCCAGGAUGCAAUUAAGGGAAAUUCUCGUGCCUUGGCUACUGUGACUGCAAUUAUAGAUGGUACUGGUUCUGCUGGGGCUGCUCUUGGUCCACUAUUGGCUGGGUAUAUUUCUACUAUAGGGUGGAAUAGUGUCUUUGCUAUGCUCAUAAUCUCUAUUUUGCUUGCAAUUAUGUUCUUGAUUCGUGUUGUGAGAACUGAGAUUAGAGGAUAGAUGAAUGAGGGAAUGGAUUUUGGCACAAAUACGAGUUGAAAGAGGGCAAGUUUUUCUCAAGGCAUCAUUUUGUUCAGAGUAGAAUAGUGAUUUCCAUAUAGAAGAUUUUUAGAUCAGAAAAUUCUCAAGUGAUAUACUUGUGUGUACAUUUUGUAUCUCAUCCUUUACACACAAAUAGUUUCUGUUUACUUUUAUUGUACAUGUACAAAUACAAAUUCAUGAAAGGCUCUUGGACCCAUCAGAUUUUUUGACCCAAAAAAAUAAAAAAUUCGUGAAAGGCUGAAUAUUCAUUAUGUCCUUUACUUUGUAUGAUA